CUCUCUUUUUCCUCCUAUCCUACGUCGCCAUAUUCUCAUCUCCUCUUUCCGAUCGAACGGCUAUCAUGGCUUCUUCCAGCGACCACAAGAAGCGCACUGGCGGCAUCCGUACCCUCUCCGAUCUCAAUCGCCCCACUCCCACUCCCGGCCCCGGCGGAGGAUCCGAUAGCGACUCUGACGGUCCGCAGGAGUACUACACGGGUGGCGAGAAGAGUGGAAUGCUUGUCCAAGACCCUUCUAAGGGCAAUCAAGAUGUGGAUGCAAUAUUCGAUCAAGCCAGGCAGUUGGGAGCCAUGGACGCACCCGUUGACCAUCUCCGUCCAUCUUCAAGCUCGAGAAGUUUUACCGGUGCUGGGAGACUUCUCUCAGGGGAAACAGUACCAUCUGCUCCUCAACAGCCUGAGAAUGUCAUUCAUAACAUUGUUUUCUGGAGUAAUGGGUUCACAGUAAAUGACGGUCCUUUGAGGAGGUUGGACGAUCCUGAGAAUGUACCCUUCCUGGAGAGCAUCAAGAAGUCAGAGUGCCCAAAAGAGCUCGAGCCUGCCGAUAGGAGGUCAGCAGUCCAUGUCAAUCUCGUAAGGAGGAGCGAGAACUGCCCCGAACCAGAGAAGCACCACAUCCCAUUUCAAGGUGUAGGAAGAACUUUAGGUGGUGGGUCCACCUCAUCCCUGGAGCCAACCACUGCUGCCCCACCUCCCAGUAGUGCUCCACCGCCGGCCUUCGGCCUGUCUGUUGAUCCUUCACUGCCAUCAACCUCGAUUCAGCUCAGGUUGGGUGAUGGCACGCGCAUGGUCGCACGAUUCAACCACCACCACACAGUCGGCGACAUCCGCGCAUUCAUUGAUGCCUCAAGGCCUGGUGGGACAACAACAUAUCAAUUGCAGACCGUGGGGUUCCCUCCCAAGCAACUCACAGAUGUGAACCAGACGAUAGAGCAAGCAGGCCUAGCCAAUUCUGUUGUAAUCCAGAAAAUCUAGCAGAUUUGCUAUGGUGUGGGUCUCUCUCUCUCUCUCAAUCGGUUUCGAAGGCAUGGACGCAUUAGUUUCGGGAGGUGAGAAGAUUUUAUUUUUUUCUUUUUCGGUUGCAUGUUUCAUGGUAGUUGUUGGAAGCUGACUAUUGCCUUCACCACAUUUAUAAUCAAAACGGACCACAAUUUGAAUGAGGUAUCAGAUCUUUCGCCAUCA